AUGCACCCAUCAUAUUCGCUUGCUAUUGCAGGCUUCUUCCUUUCAAGUGCAUUUGCCAAAGACCAAUGUCGAUGCACUACUGACGAUUUCUGUUGGCCAUCGACCAAAGCCUGGACCGCUCUGAACUCCACCAUUGACGGCCACCUGAUUCGUUAUACACCUCCAGGCGCUGUUUGCUACAAAUCUCAUCCCAACUACGACGCCGAGGCUUGCGAUUCCGUCAUCAAGCAGUGGCCAGAGUCAAAGUUUCACUCUAGCGAUCCGGCGAGCCUUCACAGCGCGUGGUCGAAUGCUGGUUGUAUUCCGGUCUACAAGAACGGAACUAGUAUCUACGGCGACCCCGAGGCGGGCGAGCGAGGAUGCUCAAACGACGUGCUUCCUGCUUAUGUCGUGAACGCUACUACCACGGAUCAUGUUGUAGAAGCACUGAGGUUCGCCGCGGUGAAGAACAUCAGAUUGGUCAUCAAGAACACAGGACAUGCUGGCGAUGGAAGGAACUUAGGGUCAAGCAGUCUGUCGAUCUGGACUCACAACUUGAAGGGCAUUGAACUGAUUGAGAACUUCAACUCUACCUGUCCCAAUUCGAAGGACACCCCAAGCCCACGCAUGGCUGCCACUGUUGGCGCUGGCGUUCAGGAUGGGGAACUGGUCGAAACAUUGGCUGCCAGGAAUGCUCUGGCUGUUAGCGGUACCAGUAACGAUGUUGGAGUCACCGGUUGGUCUACUGGAGGUGGUCACGGAUUCGCUACGGGCCACUACGGACAGGGCGCAGACAACAUCCUUGAGGCAGAGAUUGUUACUCCAUCUGGGAAAGUCGUGAUUGCCAAUGAAUGUCAAAAUGAGGACCUCUACUGGGCCAUCCGCGGUGGUGGUGGUGGCACCUUUGGUGUCAUCACAAGUCUCACCGUCAAAGCUUAUCCUGCACCUCAAAUGGUCAUGGUAGCAUUCGAUACCAGUAUCAAGAAUCACACCUCGGAAGACGAGUGGUACCAGUUCAUCGCAGAUGCCCAUGCUCUGUUCCCCGCCAUGCAGGAUGCAGGUAUCCACGGCUACUACACGGUUGAAGGACCUCCUUCGGCCGAAGCUCUCACCUUCAGCGGCUCAUUGAUGAUGUUUGAAGCGUCCAACAAAACCUACGAAGAUGCCAUCCGACCAUUUGCGAAGCUGUUAAGAUCUUCCAACGCAACAGUCGCCUGGUCCUUGAACAGGCUUCCUGUGAACAACUGGCAAGGUUUGCUCAAGAUUUUGCCUGAUAUUGGAUCUGUCAGCGCAGGCCAUAGUAUUAGAACAUCCCGCCUAAUCUCACGACGUACCGUCAUAGAAAAAACUGACAAGUUCGCCGCCGUGUACAAGAAGAUUGGCCCUACCAAGAAAGCACCAUCGGUAUGGAUGGAGGAUAAACUGCAUUCUCUAAGCUCUCUCACUAAUAGUGUUCAGAACGGCCUGCCAAAUCUCUCAAUGUCCGGUACUCUCACAAUCAGCCCCAAAUCUGUCAACAACUCUCUUCAUCCUUCCUGGCGCAACGCAACUGUCCAUCUCAUCACCGGUCAAGCUUGGACGGACUCAACGAACGAAACCGAGAUCCGAAGCAUGAUCCACGAUAUGACAUACCGCAAGCUUGGAUUGCUGAGAGACCUCGACCCUGUUCAAGGGACUCUACUAACGCAUGAAAACAAGGCAAGCUCGAUCGAACCGGACUGGCAAUCGUCAUUUUGGGGACCAAACUACGCCCGCCUUCGCGAAAUCAAGGAAAAAUAUGAUCCUGAUGGUCUUUUGUGGUGCCCUCGGUGUGUUGGAAGUGAGGAUUGGGUGCAGCGACAAGAUGGCCUAUCCAUGCAGUACGCACCUAACGAAUUGUAUUUAAUUUAUUAUAUAAGUAAAAUAAAAAAAAGCUUAUUUACACUACUUACACUGUGUAAAUAA